CUAGGAAAUUAUGUCAACAUUUGAUCUUCAACACGAAUCAUGUUGAUUUACGUAGAAAACAAGGCUUUUCCGUUGAAAACCUUUGUAACUGUUGUGUUACCAGCCGACAAGAUCGCCAGAAUCCGGGCUCAGCUGCUGCAUAUCUUGUACGAACUCGGCAAAGAGGACCACCAGUUUCGACUGCGAUACAAAGGACAGUUUCUGCGAGAUGCCUUCACUCUCGACGACUAUGCCAUCGGCGACAACGCCAUUGUCAAGAUGGUACCCAUGUCAAGACGACCAGAGACCAUGGUGGAUGUCCAGUCAGUGUCUAGCAGUAUGAUGAACUUUGACCUUGGACCAGGGCAGCCAAUCAGUGUUAAGAAAGCUCUGGUGAAUGAAGUUCAGAUCUUCAAGAGGAGAGAAGCAGUUCUCAGAAAUUACAAGACUGUGUUGCUGGUUCAUUUUCUCAUCAUGUGUCUGUCCGUCUUCACCGUCCACUGGUACGCAUUCUUCUGGCUGGCAACAUUCCUUGCACUCGCGGCCUGGUUCGUCCCGUCAUACAGUCGAGUGGGCGGAUACGUCGGGAACUACACACACCUACGAUUCAUCUACUGUAUUUUGGUCGGACUUCUCUCACUGCUGUGCGUUGCUGUCAGUCUCUACUUCAGUUUAGUUCGAUGGAUGCGGAUCGUGACAUACGGCUGUGACAACUGGGUGUUUGCCGAUGACUGUUCUCACCGGAACGUUUACACGGCCGUCUACUUCAGCGGCCACGCCCUACUACUGCUGAUUACGUCCAUCUUGGCCUGGGUGCUUUUGGCAAACUUCAGAAUUGAGGUUGGUGAUUUGAUAGAGAAGUAUCUGGUUCAGGAGAGAGACAUUGACCAGGUGAUGCAGGCUGCAAGAACCGGAAGACUGAAGGAGAAGAGACAGGCGGCGUAUGAACUGGCAACAAUGGCCGCCUCUAGUGACGACAACAAAUUCAGAAUCGUUGCAGAAGGAGGACUGGAUGUUCUAAUCUCCAUGGCGCUGUGUCGAGAUGAGUCGACCCAGGAACACGCUAUAGAGGCUCUGUCGGAACUCCUCACCAUCCCGUCUGUGCAGGAUGCAUUUGUGGAUAUGGGCGGAGUUCGGACAAUGACAGCCGUCUUGCAUUCCCCGCAUCCUCGAGUGAUGCAAGAAGCCGCUGUAGCGCUGUACACGAUCGUGUCAGAGUCUGAACACAACAAGAGCGCCGUUGUGGCUGACCACGGCCUGGAGGAUUUGGUCCAUGCAGCGUACCAAGGAACAAUUUACUGUCAGAGAAUUGUGGCCAGCAUCUUCUUGGAGCUUGCCUUCAACACGGACAUCCGACUUCAACUCACUUCACGAAAUAUUCCCGCCCAGGGCCUGAUCCACCUGUGUCAGACUAACGACCCGGACACACAGAGGUUCGCACUGCAGACGCUGGAACUGAUGGCCAUCGAGAGUUCAGACGUCAUCUGUGCUCAGGAGGAUCUACUAGAAGUUCUUCUGGAUCUGCCCUUCAAAUCGCUGGAUGAGAAGUUGUACCUUCUGGCGGGGAAAAUUCUCUUGUACUACGCAGAGAACAGACAGACGUGUGAACAGCUGUUGUCUCAGGACUGCAUCAAGGAAUCUCUGUUUCUGUUUGCUCGGUGUAACGAUUCCAUCCUACAGAAGGUCGUCGCCAAGAUCAUAUUCUGUAUGCUGGAGACCCGAGGACUCAAGUUGAUGGCCAAAGGGAGACAACUGAACAAAAUACUGGAAUAUAUUCUAGACAAUGCUAUGGACAGAGAUGUAUGGAAUAUGGCUGAUGAAGGUCUCCAUGUUAUGAACUCUGAAGAUGAGUUGGCGGGACUUCCGAUGUUAUCAACCCUAGAGAAACUCAGCAAGAUGGACGAAAAGGCCAUGUUUGGGUCAAGGACAUCUCUGAAUUCAGGGGUCGCAGGUCGACCUUCAGGAAGUAAUACAUCCGGGUCCAUUUCAGAUUUCAAGAAAGGACUUAACUAAAGAACUGA